GAGAGUCGGCUCCACAUGGCAGUCUGCGUGCUUUUCUUCGGCAGUGCCGCUAGAAUCCAAUCCACUUGCUUUAUUGCGAUCGGCUGCAUCGUCGCGGCAGCACGCACGCACGCUCCACCCGCGCGUUAUACAACAUCGUAAAAUCGAGAAAAAAAUAAAAACAAAAUACUGCCGAUAGCAUCGAUAAUGAAUUCGAUUCGCUCCGACCGACCGACAGCGGACAAGUUUUGAAAAAGAACACUGUUUACAAAACGCUUUCCUUGAUUUGCACGCGAGUGAGUUGUAUAUCGGGUUAGUUUGACAGUAUCGAGUGUUGUGUCCGGUAUCGACUAUCGAUGUAUCGAUCAUAGCAGCGGUGAACUUGUGCUACGUUUCUGGAAGGUCAAGGAACACAGGUGACUGCCACACAUGCGACAUGCGAUCGCUAUGAACUUAUCCAACUAUUUCUCUGAUGCACCGAACGCCGGGGUUGCGGGGCAAGCGCAAUACGGUACCGCGGCCCCGGCUCCAGGCCGGCAGGAGAAGCGACCGUCGCGUCGCGCAGCCAACUGGCUAUUGGAGUUUGGAGUGUACGCGCUCAGAGUGCCCUCUGCCGAGAGAGAGGAGCGCAGAACUGCUAUGGAAGUUCCAAUCAUGGCAAUUGGAUCGUCGAAUCAAUCAAGCAAUCUGGGUCGUAAUAAAUUAAUGCACGGAACAUUAAUUGCUAGGCAGAUUAUACUUGACCUUUGA